CAAAAUACUGCGACUCCCCUUUUGACUUCGUCAUUCGGUGUGAAACUUUAAUUUAGCACAUUGCAAAUAUGGAAACAAGUCAGGAAGCGCGUGGACACUUGGGUUUUUCCGCAAGCAAAGAAGCAGAAAACAGUGUGUCCAAGCAGGAGGACACUUCUGUCGAAGUCAACAAAGAACGGCUGCCUCAAGGAGAAGAGCAAGACGGAGGGCGGAUUUCCAAGCUGGAGAGAGAUUUGUUGGAAUUAGUGAUCAACAUCCAAACUGCAGCCGACGCCAAAGAAUCAAUGAGAAGGGCAGAAUUAGAGGAAGCUCGCAGGAUCAGAUCAGAGAUGCUGCAGAACAAAGCCAAGUCCAGCCAGGAGAAGUUUGAGGAGAUCACCAGCAGGUGGUCACUGGCUGAGCAGACUGUGAUCCCUCAGGAGCUGCAGGAAACUUUGACCUGGCAACGGCUGUUGUGUGCAGAGCUCAUAGAGGACAAGAAGAAAGUCAUAAAAGAUCUGCAGCAGGAGUUGAAGUGUGGAGAUGAUCGCUACGUGAAGGACUUGAGGAGGCAGGCGGAGGAGAUGGAUGUGAUGAUGAAGCACUCAGAGGAGCUCAUCAGUACGCUGACGCAGGCCUACAGGGAGGAGCUAGCCCACAUUGAGAGCGUGUACCAGCAGGAACAUGACGUCUUACUGACAAAAGAGCGGACCGAAUGGGAGCGCUGCGUCAAGGAACUGUGGGACAAACAGCAAGCGAGGCUGAUGGAGAGGAGGGCGGCGGUGGAGGAAUACGAAGCAAAAAUUCACAAUCUGAUGAUGAAUCCGGAACAGAAGUACGACGCCAUGAGGGCGGAAUGCGAUGCAAAGUUUCAGUAUCUGGAAAGGGAACAUCAGCAGAUGUUGGCCGACAGCAUGAUCAGUAACAUAAACCACAUGAAACGCAAGGCUGACAGAGAGAUGUACAGCUUGGCCCCCAUGAGGAACAGAAUCACCAGUCUGCAGACCGAGCUGAGAAACCUGAGGAGCAAGUAUACGCGUCAGCAGAAACAGUCAGAAAAGCAGAGCAGGCGUUUGUCCGACGACUACAAACGCAGCAUUGAGCAAUAUGAACGCAUGCAAAUGAGAAUCAAGCACUUUGCAGUGGCUGACGCCAAGCAGUUUGAGGAAACAUGGCGGAUGCUUGACAAGGAGGUGAGGCAACAGGCGGAGAAGGCCGUCCUCAUUGACUCACUGAUAUGGAAGCACCACCUGGGUGUAGCUUGGGAGAGACCUCACGGGGCCUCCUCUGUGGAUCCAGUCCAUCCUCAGAAACAAGUAAGUAUGGAACACGGGGCAACAAAGCAGAACGUCACCUCCGAUGGGAUGGAUGCAGCAUCAGAGAAGGACAAGAUCUCCGUGGAGACACUGAAGGAACUCAUGGAGCUGCUGUGUGACGAGUUGGGCUUCCUUGUGGAGGACAAAGUCCAGCUACUGUCUACAUUGGACAAGGAGGAACAGAAUGUUGUGAAGCUGGAUGCUCUUCUCUAUGCUUUUGGCAUAGAAAAGGAGGAUAUGCCCAAAUUGGCUGCCUUCCUUCUGAAUGACCAGCAGAGGGAGUCAUAUAACGAUAUUAGCCGUGGAUCAGUUGAAUCCAGUGCCAAGACGCAGGGAGGGGCCACCAGCUCCUCAUCUAAUAAGACCUUUGACCUCAUCCAGCCAAACCACAUCCUGCCUGCUCUUAAGAACUUCCUCAAGCAUCACCGCCGCUUCAGACGGAGCUCCACCUCUGAGCAGCCUCGCUACUGGAGUGCCGACAUGUGGGAUUCCUCAGCAGAUAAAGCCCACUGGGAGAGUCUGGCCAACAUCAUCCCUGAGGACAAACUUAGAGUGUGGGAUGCAGCUGAGAUCAUACUGAAAAAGCACUUGGCUGUCCUUACGGAGAUCUCUGAUUGCAUGCCUGAAAUUGAGGGUCUGGAACAGCAGAAUGCAGAACUUCGCAUGCUGCUGCAACAAAACAACUCAUGAGUACGUGCAUUUGUCAUUAUUAUUAAUAUCUUAAAAUAUGUUCCUUUUCAACCUCUAAAGUAUGAAAAUAUGUGCAAAAAAUAUUUGUUACCAAGUCAAUCACGAUCAGGAUAUCUAUUUACUUUAAUCAUAAAUACUAGGGAUGCGCCAGUCGAUCGGCCACCAAUCAGUAUCGGACGAUUUCCGUGAAAGAUCACGUUAUCGGCAUAUGCUGAUAAAUGCCUUUCAACGCUGAUCACCUGUGGCUCGUGUUAUUGCAGCGUGCUGCGAUCACCGCAUGCUGUGUAGUGUUUUGGGUAGCGUCGUCCUCCCACUUUCCUUCACACUGCGCAGGCGUGCCAACACAAAGACAAUCAUGCCUGCGGCGUGGAACUUAGCUGCCAACACAUGCCACGAAUAAUAAAGACUUUGUUGUGAUGUUCCGAGUGUCCAUGAAUGCAUCUUGCAGUCUGUUUAGUGACGAUGAGGAGUUGGA